CUCGCUAUUGUCUACUCUCAAACUGGCUAUGGAGGACAACUUGGAAAGCCUUUGCUCCUGGUUAUCUCUCGACGAUCUAGGGGAGGAGAUUGAGGGGGGUGAAGGUUACCCUCUCGAUGUUGAUCCUACGUACUGUCUAAUAGGUAGGGUUAUGUCUACUCAAGUUAUGCCUUAUGGUGACAUAGUGAAAUCACUCAGACGUGCAUGGAAUCCAAGAGGGAAGCUAUCUUACAAAACUCUAGAAGAUAACAUGGUCCUUUUUGUCUUCUCUAAUAUGGUUGAUAAAAAGCGUAUUCAGCAGUCUCCAUGGACGGUUGAACGUGUUCACCUGCUAAAUCUGAUUGAUGCUCCAGAUGACAUGAAGCUCACACGUCUGGACUUCUCUCGCUGCCCUCUUUGGGUUCAGCUGCACCACCUCCCUCUAGGUCUCAGGAAUCUAGGGUUUGUGGAGAAAGUUGGGAACAACCUUGGCCGUUUUCUUUCAGUUGAUCAAGACGCUGAGGGUUCGGUUAUUGGUAGAUUCCUACGUAUUCGUGUUGAGAUGGACAUUACUAAGGCGCUUCGUCUUGUUCUCAGGGCCAAUCCAGAAAAAGCCCUGAAACAACAUCCUCAAGCUAACUAUGACCACUCACCUCCCUCGCCUCAGGCUAUAGCAACAGUUUCACCUCAUCAGGAAGAACUUACGUUGCCUAACCUUCCCCCCAACUCCACAGCACCAUCUAUCUUUCUUCCGUCCAGCCCUUUCAUGACAGAAGUCCCGGUGGAGCUUUCACAAUCAGCAAAAUGGGCCGUCACUGCACGCUUCCGCCGUCAAUCUUUAAACAACAGGGUUGCUCGUCCCGUUGGAUCUGAGAAUAAGCUUUCUGGCAAUGUGAGAAGGCGCCUUCAGAUCUCAGAUGAGGGGGAGGAUGAGCAGCAAACUCAUGAUAGCAAAAAGGCACUGCAGUGUGAUGUGGAUGACAACAAUGAUAUGAUUGUGGCUGAGGAAGGCUUAAGAAUUGGCUUAAUAUGCACUGCUUUGUUGUUGAUGCUGUUGGAAAUUCUGGCUGGCUUGCCCUAUUGA